ACAUUCGCAUUUUCGGGCCCCUCGUCCCGUCACACGCACCCGCCUGUUGUGACUGCGCGUAGCAGCACCAGUCACGUCUAGAUAGAGGCACUGGCUUACACACACGACCGCCACCAUGUCGUCUUCUUCGCAGGUCACCGAGUCGUGGAUCGCGUCCUUUUGCGGGCUGCUGGGUCACGAAUACUUUGCAGAGGUCUCUGAAGACUUCAUUGAGGAUGACUUCAAUCUGACAGGCCUCCAAUCGCAAGUGCCCAUGUACAAGGAGGCACUGGAGAUGAUUUUAGAUGUCGAGCCUGAGGACGACGAGGAUGAGGACGAAGAGGAAGAAGAAGAGGACGAGGAAGACGAGGUACUGGGCGACGAGAGGCCUCCAGGUUACAGGCGUGCAGGCGACCGAAGGCAUCUCCGAAUAGCAUCUGACCUCAGCGUCAUAGAAAGCUCUGCGGAGCUACUCUACGGACUCAUACAUCAACGCUACAUCACGUCGCGACCGGGCAUACAACAGAUGGCCGAGAAGUACGAGCUUCAGCACUUUGGCACAUGCCCACGCGUAAAUUGCAACUCCUGCAAGGUACUGCCCGUCGGCCUCAAUGACAGCCCCGGACACGAGACGGUUAAGUUGUACUGCCCCUCCUGCUUGGACGUAUACACCCCACCCAACUCGCGCUUCCAGACUGUCGAUGGCGCCUUCUUCGGCACUACCUUUCCCUCACUCUUCUUUAUGACUUUUACCGACCUCGACAUUGGAGGCGGGCUUCGCAACAACACGUCCAAUACUAUUGAUGCUCUACAGCAAUUACAAUCGCAGAACGUAGACGGCAAGUCACGAAACACGACGCCUUCCAACGUUACUUCGAUAAAUGGCGUCGCGCCGCACAAUCUCGCACCCGGCCUUGGCACGGGCAGCAUAUACGAGCCACGAAUCUACGGCUUUCGAGUCAGUGAGCGCGCACGCUCAGGACCUAGGAUGAAGUGGUUACGGAUGCGACCUGCAGAUGUGACAGAGCUCGAUGAGACGAGGAGGUACUGGGAGGAACAUGACGAAGAUGCCGACAGGCCUGACGACGACGAUCUCAACAUGGUUGACGUAGCAGAGGGAGGCAAGGGCACAUCGGCAGACCGGAGAAAGAAGGCCAUUCGAACACGAAGACGGCCGACGAAUGGCUCAAAUGCUGCUGCUGCUGGAGGCAGUCCCAUGGAUACAAAUAGUGUUGCAGCGGCGGCGGGUUAGAACCUUCUUUUUGUCAAGCGAGAAGCGCUUUUUUUGUGCACCGCCCAAACUUUUUGGUCUUCUAUGAGACAAGGGCAGAAAAAGACCCCCUCAAAGCCCUUUUCGAUUGUAGUGUGAGUGUGGAUGGGAUGGGAUGCAUGUCAGUUAUGGAGUUGGGGCUUAGCCCAGGUUAAAGGGCAAUCCUCAUUUGAUCUUGUUUCUUCUUUUCGCUUCCCUCUCCUUUUAUUUUUAUUUUUGCGGUUAUGAUGACAUGAGGGGAGGGGUUUGGGGAUGCACAUGUGCGCGUAAACGAAGAACAAAGUUAAUUUUUUUGCGUCACUGGUGCUUUUUUUGGAUGGCUGGAUUCUGGGGAUUGAAAGCAUGAGGGUGGGGAUGAAGAAGAAGACGAAAGAC